UAUCAUCAACCCGCAACUUUCCGCAUCUGUCAAGAUAGCCCCAAAAUUAAUAGUACUAAACCGUUCCAUUUCUAAUUUCGUGCAAUCAGAAUAUCAUCAAAAUUGAUAAAACCCUACGCAUAAUAUAUCCAAUCUCAAGCUCAAAAUUUCCUCACUGAUUUUUUUCGAAGAAUUUAGGGUAGAAGAAAAUUGACGCGAAUCGUUGAAUUGCAUAAUGAUCCAUUCGAGAAUCGGAGCUUCGCUAUCUCGCUCCUCUCGUUACAGAAAUCUGAUUAAUGGAGCUAGAAAGGGGAGGUCCCUCAUUUGUAAUAAAGAGAGUUUGGGAGCUCCGGGUUCAGAUAGUUUGGAUGGCUAUCUCAAUCAUUUUGAGGGGAAGUUAGAGUGCCUGAGAGGCUAUUUAGCUGCGGCUGGAGCUAAUAGAGGAUCAACUUUUAGGGCUUCUUUAUCAGAUUUUAAAUACCUAGCUGGAAAUCCCGGAAUUAAUAGAUUUUUCUCUAGUAAAGCGCCAAAGAAGAAGAAUUACGAGAAUUUUUAUCCCAAAGACAAGGAGAUUCCGAAAAAGAGUGAGCAGAAGUCGGAAUCAAAAGAGGAAGGGAAGAAAUCUGAGGAUGGUGGCACCAGUAUGACAUUUACUAUGGGUCUCCAGAGUAUGAUCGCUACUUUACUGGUUAUUGGGUUGUUCUCUUCAGCGUCAAAGCCGAAUGGAGAGAAACAGAUUAGUUUCCAAGAGUUCAAAAAUAAGCUUCUGGAACCAGGUUUAGUCGACCAUAUUGUUAUUUCGAAUAAAUCUGUUGCCAAAGUUUAUGUAAGAAGCUCGCCGCAGAAUCUUAGUGGCAGCACUGAUUCAACUGAAGGAUCUGACUUUGAUACUCCGGUUAGUGACACACAGCCAAAAGCAAAAACUAGUCAAUAUAAAUACUACUUCAACAUUGGAAGUGUUGAAACAUUUGAAGAAAAAUUGGAGGAAGCCCAAGAAGCAUUGGGCAUCGACCCACAUGAUUAUGUACCCGUUACAUAUGUUUCUGAAGGGGCCUGGCUCCAAGAGUUGAUGAGGUUUGCUCCCACUCUUUUGUUAUUGGGAUCACUUUUCUUUAUAAGCCGGAAAAUGCAAGCUGGAUUCGGAGUAGGUGGUGGCGGCGGAAAGGGUGGCCGGGGAAUCUUUAACAUUGGGAAAGCUCACUUUACAAAGAUGGAUAAGAACGCAAAAAAUAAGAUUUACUUCAAAGAUGUUGCUGGCUGUGAUGAAGCAAAACAAGAGAUUAUGGAGUUUGUACAUUUCCUGAAGAACCCAAAAAAGUAUGAGGAACUGGGAGCCAAAAUCCCUAAAGGAGCUCUAUUGGUUGGACCUCCUGGGACUGGUAAAACACUCCUAGCAAAAGCUACAGCUGGUGAAUCUGGUGUGCCUUUUCUGUCCAUAUCUGGCUCUGAUUUCAUGGAGAUGUUUGUGGGAGUUGGGCCCUCAAGGGUAAGAAGCUUGUUCCAAGAGGCAAGGCAAUGCGCACCUAGUAUCAUAUUCAUAGAUGAGAUUGAUGCAAUUGGUCGAGCCAGGGGACGUGGAGGGAUGUCUGGUUCCCAUGAUGAGCGUGAAAGCACUCUCAACCAGUUGCUUGUGGAAAUGGAUGGAUUUGGAACAACUGCUGGUGUGGUUGUUCUUGCAGGCACCAAUAGACCAGAUAUCUUAGACAACGCAUUGUUGAGACCUGGCCGAUUUGAUCGGCAAAUUAGCAUAGACAAACCAGAUAUCAAGGGUCGGGAGCAAAUAUUCCAGAUCUAUCUGAAGAAGAUUAAACUUGACAAUGAACCUUCUUACUUCUCUCAGAGACUAGCAGCCCUCACUCCUGGAUUUGCAGGUGCAGAUAUUGCAAAUGUAUGCAAUGAAGCUGCUCUAAUUGCUGCUAGAUCUGAGCAAGCAAAGGUGAAAAUGGAACAUUUUGAUUCAGCUAUAGACAGAAUUAUCGGUGGUCUUGAGAAGAAAAAUAGGGUUGUAAGUAAGAUUGAACGCAGGACUGUAGCCUAUCAUGAAUCAGGUCAUGCUGUGGCUGGCUGGUUUUUAGAACAUGCGGAACCCUUGUUGAAGGUCACUAUCGUUCCUCGUGGUACUGCUGCACUUGGCUUUGCUCAAUAUGUUCCUAAUGAGAAUCUUCUAAUGACGAAAGAGCAGCUUCUUGAUAUGACUUGCAUGACUCUUGGUGGACGGGCAGCUGAACAGGUGAUGCUGGGGAAAAUAUCAACUGGAGCUCAGAAUGAUUUGGAGAAGGUCACCAAGAUGACGUAUGCCCAAGUAGCAGUCUAUGGUUUUAGCGAUAAAGUCGGACUUCUCUCUUUCCCCCAGAGGGAUGAUGGAUUCGAGAUGAGCAAGCCUUAUAGCAGCAAAACAGCCAAUCUGAUAGACACUGAAGUCCGCGAAUGGGUAACAACUGCGUAUAAACGGACAGUUGAAUUAAUUGAGGAGCGCAAGGAACAAGUGGGUAAGAUUGCGGAGUUGUUACUGGAAAAGGAAACUCUUCACCAGGAGGACAUGGUGCGUGUGCUGGGUGAGAGACCUUUCAAACCGGCGGAGAGGACAAAUUACGAUAGAUACAAGGAUGGAUUUGCAGAGGAUGAGAAGGAGCAGAGCGCGGAGGUUAUUGAAAGUACAUCUGAGGACGAUGGAGCUGCGCCGCUUGCACCGGAGGCUGUCCCAACGUAGCAUUUGGUUGGUUUAUUGUUUGAUGAUAACGAAUUCGUACUGACCAACUAAAGUUCAUCAAUUUCCUUUUCUUUCUAAUGUAUAUUCAAUACAUGGGGAUGUGGAUGUGGAUGUGGAUGUGGAUGUGGAUGUGGAUGUGCCAACAGCAUUUUUCCAUGUCAGUGGGAGACUUGAGGUUGUCUUAAUCUUAUAUUUUGCCAAUUUGUAUUGUUUCUCUUUUAAAUGGGAAAUUAUUAGUGCAUUGGCUGUCAAA